CAUAUAAAACCAAAAUAGUCUACACAGAUGCCGCCUUCUUCAUCAACAACCCUCACACGAGAUUAACUCUUUCCCAAGAAAUAAAACGAAACGAAUCGAACCUCAUAUUUAAUUUAGGUCGUCGAACCCUUUCGCGAAUCCUAAACACAGAAAAACUUCCUCUUAUUCUGCUCUGAUUAUUUUUUUUUGUAUUUUAAGAUACGGAUUCUGUUCGAUCUUCUCUUGAACGUAUUGUAGGUUAUUUGGAGCUCAUUAAUCGAUUGGUGAUUGUGUUUUGCUCUUCUAGCCAUGGCAGCUAGAAUUCUUGCUAACUUGAUUGUCAUGGGUUCUGGAAUAAUGAUCAGGGCGUUUGCUCAAGCAUAUCGCCAGGCACUUGCAAACGCCUCAAAGACUGGUGCUGCACAAGAAGCAGUGGAAACUAUCAAAAGAGGUAGUAAAAUGAUGACUGAGGCGGAGGCUAGGCAAAUUCUUGGUGUCACUGAGAAUACACCAUGGGAAGAGAUUGUGAAGAGAUAUGACAAGUUGUUUGAGAGGAAUACUCAGAGUGGCAGUUUCUAUCUCCAAUCGAAGGUGGUUAGAGCAAAAGAAUGCCUGGAAAGUGUUGAGAAACCAAAGCAGCAGCAGAACUCGAGUUAAAUCGUUUUCUCCUGGUUCGUGAGAUAUCUCUUACUGAGCUGUGAAAUAUAGGGUAGUUAUAUUACUCUCGGAGAAGAUCGUUGUUUCUCAUAUAAUUCUUUUUGGGGUUCAACGCCUGGAAUAUGGUACAAAAAGUUUGAAGUGGCUGAAUUUCAUAUCUUAGUUGAGGAUCGGAAUGUGCGAUCCUACUGCUGUUUGUAAACACAACUUUCGUAUCCUAGCUAUAUCAUUAUAUAUGUGCGGUUAACGAAUAACCCUUGUAACUUUUUUGCACGAGCUAGGCUGUUUAUUCAGAAGAUGGCCUAUGUUCUCAUAGCUAUUGAUUUGAUGCUCUUGGUUUGGAA